AUGAAUUAUGGCUUGUACGGCCCUUCAUACAGGACUGUGAAUAAACUCAUAUGUUCUUGUGUUUCAGGUGUCAGUGGAGAGGUUCAUGUCUUCAUCAGUUCUGGUGAAGAUGUCCGUCUGCCCUGUAAUAAUGCUCUUCAGGACUGUACAUCAACUACAUGGAUCUAUAACAGAUUCAGACAUUCAGCAGCAGUUGAACUGAUUACUUUAGGGAUAAAGAAGAAAGACACAGAGAGACAUGAGAGACUGAGUCUGGGGUCUAAGUGCUCUCUGAACAUCAGGAACAUCUCCACAGAAGAUUAUGGAUCUUACAUCUGCCAACAAUGGACUGGUGAGAAGAAAGACCAAAAACAAGAACCUGAUGCUGGUGUUUAUCUGCAUGUUCUUCAUGUCUCAUCCUCACACACUGAAAUCAGUGCAGGUCUCUCUGUGACUCUCUUCUGUCAGCUGUAUUCAUAUCCUCGAGUCUCUUGUGAUGAUUGGAUCCGUUCUGAGAGAAUUCAUCUGUUCUGGGUGAAUCAGGCUGGUGUUAAAUCAGACUCCAGAUAUCAGAUAUCAUCCUCAUCAGAUCACUGUAUCAUCUCUCUGAAUACAACACUCCUGAAUGAAGAUCACAACAGAGAGUGGAGAUGUGAAGUUACUCAGAGAGAUCAAGUCAAGACCUCAGUCACAUACACUGUCAAGAGUUCAGCUGAAGCUGGUUCAACAACAUCAGUGAUUCCAGUCCACAGCACACACUCUCAGGAUCCCUCAACUACAAACACACACACAACUAAAGAGAUUUUGACCAUUCUUAAGACUGCAGUGUUUGCUGCUCCUACUGUGAUUCUUCUUCAGAUCAUCUGUGCAAGAAGAGCUGAGAGGAAGGACUCGCAGCAGCCAGAGGAAAUAGAGAUGAAUACAAUAACAGAAUAA